AUGCCUAAUCAAAACCCAAAUCGAAAUCAAAACCGAAACCGAAACCAAAAUCAGAACCAAAACCAAAACCAAAAUCAGAACCAAAACCAAAAUCAGAACCAAACCCAAAACCAAAACCAAACCCAAAACCAAAUUCCAAUCCAAACACAAAACCCGGAUGAGGAUUUCCAUCUGAGGGAGACCUCACCGACGCUAGGCGGAGGAAGGGUCUCUGGCAAUGACAGGGUUGGAACUGCCUUUGAUCUUGUUGAGCAAAUGCAUUACCUCUUUGUUAGGGUGGUGAAGGCCAAAGAAUUGCCAUCAAAGGAUGGUAAUGGUUCUCCUGAUCCUUAUGUUGAAGUGAAGCUUGGAAGCCAUAAGGCUCUGACAAAGCAUUUUGAGAAGAACUCUAACCCCGAAUGGAACCAUGUGUUUGCAUUGUUGAGAGACAGAAUUCAAUCUCACAAUGUUGAGGUUUGGAUGAGGGAUAAGGGCAGGAGUGAAGAAGAUCCCAUAGGGAGGGUUGUGUUUGAAAUUACUGAGGUCCCGGAAAGGGUUCCACCUGAUAGUCCUUUGGCACCACAGUGGUAUAACUUGGAGAAGAGAGAUGGGACUAAUGCUAAAGGAGAGUUGAUGCUAGCUGUUUGGAUGGGGACACAAGCAGAUGAGGCCUUCUCAGAAGCUUGGAAUUUGGAUGCUACCGCAGUCAGUGGUGAUGGAGUCGCAAGCAUAAAGUCUAAGGUUUAUCUAUCACCAAGGCUUUGGUAUCUAAGAGUGAAUGUGAUUGAGGCUCAGGACUUGCAACUUGGUGAUAAGAAUAGGCAGCAGCCAGAAUUUUUUGUGAGGGCCAUGCUUGGGAAUGCAGUUUUGAGGACUAAAAUUUACUUGAGUCGGAAUUUAAGCCCAUUGUGGAAUGAGGAUUUGAUGUUUGUGGCAACAGAGCCUUUUGAAGACCAAUUGGUUUUGAGUGUGGAGGAUAAGGUAGCGCCCAAUAAGGAUGAAGUUCUGGGGAGGUGUAUGAUUCCUUUACAUAAUGUGGAGAAGAGAACGGAUCAGAAAUCUCCGAGCAAUAGGUGGUAUAAUCUUGAGAAGCAUGUGACAUCUGAAAAUGGGGAGAGGAAUGUGCAAAAGUUAAACAGUAGGAUUCAUUUAAGGAUCUGUAUGGAUGGUGGGUACCAUGUGCUUGAUGAGUUAACUCAAUACAGCAGUGAUUUCAGGGAAACAGCAAGACAGUUGUGGAAGCCCAGCAUUGGGGUGCUGGAAUUGGGAAUUUUGAAUGCUCAAGGAUUGUCAGCAAUGAAAACAAAAGAUGGCCAUCAAUCCACAGAUGCUUAUUGUGUGGCCAAGUAUGGGCAGAAGUGGAUUCGAACAAGCACAGUUCUCAAUAGUUUUAAUCCACAAUGGAAUGAACAAUAUACUUGGGAGGUGUUUGAUCCUUGUACUGUCAUUACGAUUGGUGUAUUUGAUAAUUGUCACCUACAGGGAGUCGAUAAGGGUGGGAGAGCAAAGGAUUCAAGAAUUGGGAAGGUGAGGAUUCGACUAUCUACCCUUGAAACCGAUAGGGUUUACACACAUUCCUAUCCCCUUAUGGUCUUGCAACCUUCUGGGGUGAAGAAGAUGGGGGAAAUUCAGUUGGCUGUGAGGUUUUCUUGCUCAUCAUUGCUUAAUAUGCUCCAAAUGUACUUCCAGCCUCUUUUGCCAAAACUGCAUUAUCUUCACCCAGUAGCUGUUAAUCAGAUUGAUAAUCUAAGGCACCAGGCUACUCAGGUUGUCUCCAAGAGGCUGAGCCGUGCUGAGCCACCCUUAAGGAAAGAGGUUGUGGAAUAUAUGCUUGAUGUGGGUUCAAACAUGUGGAGUGUGCGAAGAAGCAAAGCUAAUCGUGCCAGGAUUGCCUGUGUUCUCUCUUCCUUGGCCGGAACUUUCAAAUUGUUUGAUUGGAUUUGCUCUUGGCAGAACCCUUUCGUUACCAUUCUUGUUCAUAUCGUGUUCUUGCUAUUUGUAUGUUUCCCAAGGAUGUUUUUAAGCACAAUUUCUCUCAACCUUCUGUUGAUUGGAAUUCUGAAUUACCGAGGGAGACCAAGACAUCCUCCUCACAUGGACAUUAAACUCUCAUGUGCAGAUAGAGCAUUUGCUGAUGAAUUGGAUGAAGAGUUUGAUACAUUUCCCACUUCUCGGCAAGCUGAUGUUCUCAGAAUGAGAUAUGAUCGAUUGAGAUGUAUUGGCUCGAGGAUGCAAACAGUGAUUGGGGACUUGGCUACUCAAGGGGAGAGGCUGCAGAACCUUCUAAGCUGGCGAGAUCCAAGAGCCACAGCUCUGUUUAUGAUCUUCUGUUUCAUUGCUACUAUAGUGCUUUACAUCACCCCAUUCCGAUUUAUGGCUGUGAUCAUGGGCUUUUACAAGAUGAGGCAUCCAAAACUCCGUGAUAAGCUUCCUUCCCAGCCUAUAAACUUCCUGAGGAGGUUGCCUGCGAAAACAGACAGCUUGUUGUGA